CAAGCCAGGAAGAGAAGCAUGGCGGAGGCGGGAAAAGAGCACGCGGGUCUCGGGUUACGAGCAGGAGACGCGGCACAGUGGCCUUUGCAGCGGUAUGGCCGCUUCAUGCCCUCCGGCACUGGGGAGCCGCCUGGGCCUGGCCAGAAAGCUGGGAUGGCUUCUUCCCCGACAUGGAAGGUUUUUGACUCCAGUGAAGAAUCUGGGCAUCUUGUUCUCACCAUAGUUAUAUCGGGGCAUUUCUUCAUUUCCCAAGGACAGACACUGUUGGAGGGGUUUUCACUCAUUGGUAGCAAGAACUGGUUGAAGAUUGUAAGACGCAUGGAUUGUCUGUUGUUUGGAACAACAAUAAAGAACAAGAGUCGUAUGUUCCGGGUACAGUUCAGUGGAGGCUCCAGAGAGCAGGCACUGGAACACUGCUACAGCUGCGUGCAGAACCUAGCCCAGUACAUCACCGUCCAGGUGCCUGACGGAAUCAGCCAGGAGUUCAGGCCAAGUCCUGACCAGGGGAAGCGCUGUGUGCAGAGCAUCCCACCACAGUAUGGCAAGGUGGAUGAGAAACCUGAGAAGAACUCAGAGCAGCAGCAGAGGGUGCCGGCUGACGCAAGCAGUCCGGGAGGAAGGACCUCGGUGGCCUGGUUAGCUCAGUCUCUCAUGGCAUCAGAGGAGCUGCCCCUUGUCUAUGAACAAUCUGCAUGGAAUGCACAAGGAUUAGGCCCCUUUCUACGCUUGUGCCUCAUGGAUCAGAACUUCCCGGCAUUUGUGGAAGAAGUGGAAAAGGAACUAAAAAAGCUGACAGGGCUGAGUGAUUAAGUCUGUGUACACACAGAAAUUGGGAGCAAUGGGGAAAAAUACUUCAUCCUAAGAUUGUAGAGAAUAAAGAGUAUUAUUCCAACA